AGGCUCGUAACGAGUAGCGGGUCCCGCGUAGGGGUAAUCGAAUCAAACUGUUUACGUUAACGUUUUUCUUUAUGCUCAGUGUAGGACAUAAGUCGAACGAAUAUUAAGCAAGCGUACGCGAUUCUGCCGUCAUAACUCGGAAGCGCAGUUUAUGCUGAUCUUUGAACUUUAGAACGUUGAAGACGGACGAGUCGGUUCAGCUCAAGUGGUUGUUCUGAUAGGCAGAGCAGUGAAAUGAACUGUUUACGGUUGGUGCUGCUUGCUGCGGCGCUACUGUUCACGGGGGUAGUGGCCCGACCUGGGACGGUGCAUCAUCGUGGCAGUGGGUCGAUGGUAGAUGCUCGUCACCAUUGGACGCAUAAUGAGAUCCGGAAGGAAGCCUGGUGUGGAUAUGAGUCAUGCCCAGCUCCGAAGGACGGUAUGCUGAACAUCCAUCUGGUACCGCACAGCCACGAUGACGUCGGUUGGCUCAAGACCGUAGAUCAGUACUACUACGGUAGCAAGACCAACCACCAGAUGGCCGGCGUCCAGUACAUUCUGGAUUCGGUGGUGGAAGCACUGAGCAAGAACCCCGAUCGGAAGUUCAUCUAUGUGGAGUCGGCGUUCUUCUUCAAGUGGUGGGACGAACAGACGGCGGAGAUUCAGGAGCUCGUGCAUGAGUUGGUGCGGGAAGGUCGGUUGGAGUUCGUUGGGGGUGCGUGGAGCAUGAACGAUGAGGCGGCUUCGCAUUACCAGAGCUUGAUCGAUCAGUUCACGUGGGGGUUGAGGUUGCUGAAUGAUACCUUUGGGGAGUGUGGAAGACCUAGGGCUGGGUGGCAGAUCGAUCCGUUCGGGCAUUCGAGGGAGCAGGCUUCGCUGUUUGCGCAGAUGGGGUACGAUGGAACGUUCUUUGCUAGGUUGGAUUGGCGUGAUAAGUCCAAGAGGUUGCAGGACAAGACGGCUGAAAUGCUGUGGAAGUCGAGUGCGAACUUGGAUGAUAGCGACUUGUUUACGUCGGUGCUGUACAACCAUUACAGUGCUCCACCAGGAUUCUGCUUCGAUGUACUCUGCAGAGAUGAUCCGUUUGUAGAUGGAGAGCAUAGCGCUGAGAACAAUGUUAAGCAAAAAGUUGACGAUUUCUUGACCUUCGUCACAAAUAUGUCGGCUAGGUAUCGAUCGAAUAAUUUGAUCAUCACUAUGGGAGAUGACUUCAACUACAUGGAUGCUAACAUGAACUUCAAAAAUAUGGAUAAACUGAUUAGGUAUACGAACGCUCGGCAAACGACUGGAUCCAACGUGAACGUGUUCUACUCAACACCAACCUGCUAUCUGAAGGCCGUCCACGAUGCAGACCUGACGUGGCCAACCAAGACCGAUGACUUCUUCCCGUACGCUUCUGAUCCGCAUUCCUACUGGACGGGUUAUUUCACGUCCCGGCCAACUUCGAAGCGCAUGGAACGACAGGGAAACCAUCUAUUGCAAGUCUGUAAGCAGCUGACCGCAUUUAAUCCCACCCCUGGAAGCGAAGAACACCUGACUAUUCUCCGGGAAGCAAUCGGAGUGAUGCAACAUCACGAUGCAGUUACCGGAACGGAGAAGCAGCACGUCACCGAUGAUUACUCUCGGAUGCUCCACGUAGCUUUCGAAGCAUGCGGUGUCAACACCAACGCUGCACUUCAGGCAUUGACCAGGAAUAACGUGAAGUUCGAAUCGUGCCAUCUGCUCAACAUCAGUCAGUGCGAGAUAUCCGAGACCAAGGAGAACUUCGUGGUCACGUUGUACAAUCCACUAGCUCAAGCCAACUACCAGUACGUGCGUCUACCGGUUACUGGAAACAGCUACGUCGUUAAGGAUCAUCAAGGAUUGGAACUCCCAUCUCAAUUGGUCUCCCUUCCUGAACCGGUCGCCGACCUAUUCUACCGAACCGGACUCUCCACGCAAGAAUUAUUCUUCCUAGCCAACGACGUCCCUCCCAUGGGCUAUCGAUCUUACUACGUAUCGGAAACGUAUGACUCCGUUCCACCCCAAGACGACGAUGAUACAUCCAAGGAACAAACCGUAAGCAUCGGAAACAACUACCUGACGCUAAACUUCGACGAAAACGGCUUCCUCAGCACCAUCCAAAUCGGCGAUGAAACCCAUCGGCUGCAGCAGGACUUCCUGUACUACGAGGGAGCUUAUGGCAACAACGAAGUGUUCGAGAACCGUUCAUCGGGAGCGUACAUUUUCCGACCCAACAGUACGGAGAAACACGUCGCAACGACGGUUCGAUUGGACGUGAUCAAGGGUGACCUGGUUCAGGAGGUCCACCAGCAGUUCAACGAAUGGAUCAGUCAGGUUAUCCGCGUUCACGAGAACGAGAUGCACGUGGAGUUCGAGUGGAUGGUGGGUCCGAUUCCGAUCGACGAUAGCAAGGGUAAAGAGAUCAUCACCCGGUACUACUCGGACAUUCAAUCGGAUGGCGUAUUCUGGACGGAUUCGAACGGACGAGAGAUGAUUAGAAGACAGAGGAACCACCGGGAAACAUGGGACUUGGAGUUGGUUGAACCUAUUGCUGGGAACUACUAUCCAGUGACUACGAAGAUGGCCCUGGAAGACGACAAGCUGCGGAUGGCUGUGCUGAAUGACCGAGCUCAGGGUGGUACCAGCAUGGAAGAUGGAGUCAUCGAACUGAUGGUACAUCGACGACUGCUUCGGGAUGACGCGUUCGGAGUUGGCGAAGCGUUGAACGAGACGGCUUACGGAACUGGGUUGAUCGCUCGGGGUAAACACUACUUGGUGUUUGGAUCGAAGGCUCCCCGAAUGAUGCCAGUGCAAGUUUGGGAACGUGUCCUGCAGAACCAUGUUUUGCUACCGCCUUGGAUGUUCCUGAGUGACGCGUCUGACAUGUCGUUCGAUGAAUGGCAGUCCAACUACGUCAAUAUGUUCUCGGCAAUGGCAGCUUCCCUUCCGGCAAACGUCAACCUUCUCACCUUCGAAGGUUGGAAGCAGCCCUCCACUUACCUGGUACGGUUCGAGCAUUUGUUCGAGAAGGAUGAGGAUUCACUGUACUCGGCUCCCAUCACGUUGGAUCUCGAGGUCGUAUUUUCCGAAUUCGACAUCGCAAGCGUCCGGGAGACUACCUUGGCUGGCAAUCAGUGGAAAGAAGAAAAUACUCGUUUGAAGUUCUACGCUGACCCUGUACCAGUUCCUGAACCAAUCAUGAAGCAAACUAGCCACAGAAACGACAACAGCAUGAUAGUUAAAUUGAACCCUAUGGAGAUCAGGACCUUCGUCAUUGAAAUGAAUUGGAAGUAACUGAAUUGAAAACGCAAUCCAAUAAAGCUCGUCACAAUACUCAA